CAUGGUGCACCGCUGCUGUCACAACAACAUUUCGCCAUUUCAGGUUCAGGUGGGCCGAAACUCCCGCGAAGGAUUUGGAUUAAACUAGUUUAGGUGCCAGUGUCUGUUUCUUCAUUGGGAACAUAUAUUACCUCCUCUCUAUCGUCAAACGGCUUGGCUAUUGUGGUCUGAUGCAUGUUAUUUGGUUGGUGCGAAUGAGGUUUUCCAGCGUGGGCCCAGGCUGAAGUGUCAAGUGUCUGUUGUCGGAUUUUCCUGCUAACAGCUAGCCAGCUAGUAAGCUAGCUGGGUGUAAACAAAAAGGAUGAAGCGGAUCAAGGGAGUAGUGGAUGGCAGCAACGGCUCCUCCAGUAAGAACCCACCGAAGGCACGCAAGAAGGUUCGGAAGCAGACGAGUGAUAAGUUAGAGGUAGUGGUGACCAGUGAGUCAACAGAAGGUGAUUGGCCACAACUGCCUCAGGAGCUCCUGCUACACAUCUUUCAGUACCUGCCUCUGCUGGAUCGGGCUUAUGCCUCUCAGGUGUGUCGCACAUGGAACCAGGCCUUCCACAUGCCCGAGCUGUGGAGAUGCUUUGAGUUUGAGCUUAACCAGCCAGCAAGCUCUUACCUAAAAGCCACACAUCCAGACCUCAUCAAACAGAUCAUAAAGAGGCACUCCAAUCACCUGCAGUAUGUCAGCUUCAAGGUUGACAGUAGUACAGAAUCUGCAGAAGCCGCAUGUGACAUCCUUUCACAGUUGGUGAAUUGUUCACUGAAGACCCUGGGGCUCAUCUCUACAGCCAGGCCCAGUUUCAUGGAGGUUCCCAAGUCUCAUUUCAUCUCAGCUCUGACUGUGGUGUUUGUCAACUCCAAAUCGUUGUCUUCACUGAAGAUUGACGACACGCCGGUGGACGACCCAUCUCUGAAGGUACUGGUGGCCAACAACAGUGACACCCUGAAACUGCUGAAGAUGAGCAGCUGCCCUCACGUCUCCCCAGCAGGGAUCCUGUGUGUGGCAGACCAGUGUCACGGCCUGAGAGAGCUUGCACUAAACUACCAUCUAUUGAGUGAUGAACUACUGCUGGCCCUCUCCUCUGAGAAACAUGUCCACCUGGAACACUUGCGGAUCGACGUGGUGAGUGAGAACCCUGGCCAGCACUUCCACACCAUCAAGAAGAGCAGCUGGGACGCCAUGGUCCGACACUCGCCCAAAUUCAACCUGGUCAUGUACUUCUUCCUUUAUGAGGAUGAGUUUGGCCCUUUCUUUAAUGAGGAGAUCCCGGUCACGCACCUCUACUUUGGUCGCUCAGUCAGUAAGGAGGUCUUGGGCCGCGUUGGCCUCCACUGCCCUCGUCUGGUGGAACUGGUGGUGUGCGCCAAUGGCCUGCGUCCUCUAGAUGAAGAGCUGAUCCGCAUUGCCAAGCGCUGCACCCAGCUGUCGGCCAUCGGCCUGGGCGAGUGCGAGGUUUCCUGCAGUGCAUUUGUGGAGUUUGUCAAGAUGUGUGGCCGGAGGCUUUCCCAGCUGUCCAUCAUGGAGGAGGUGCUGAUUCCAGAUCACAAAUACUCGCUGGAUGAGAUCCACUGGGAGGUGUCAAAGCACCUGGGCCGGGUCUGGUUCCCAGACAUGAUGCCGACCUGGUAAAAUGAAGCCAAAGAGGCACACGGAAUUUAAGUACGUCUAGUUUGUGGCGUGGAAUAUUCAUGUCCUCCAUGUUUGCAUAGGAAAGCCUUUUUAAAUGCUCAGCUGUAGUGAAAUGUUUGCUGCCAACAUGGAGAGCAUGAACCUGCUGAACUCUGGUGAGGCAUCCAGGACAAUGAUGUAAUGUGUUAGGGUCAUCAUGUCAUGCAAACACCACAACUAUCAGAAGACUGUAGAAUCAUGCUUUGCCCAGUUUGGAGACAGAACAUGCUAAGCCUGCUUCUUCACAUAUUAAACACUCAGCACAGGUGGAAAUAUUUUACUAAAAAGAAAAAACAAGUUUUUAAAAC